AUGGCCAUGCAGCUAUACAUUAUACUUUCCCUAUGUCCCUCCUUUGUUGUAAAUAAUUUCCUCAACCUGCAACAUUUCAAGGGUAGUGCUGCUUGUCAGAUAUAUGGAAGGGCUCCUGUUGGUGACCAAGUCAGUAGAGAUAACAUGGCCAAUAGAAACAUUUUGGACUAUGUACCAUUUAUAAAUAGGGAAGAGCAACCUAUUUCCCAGUAUCCUUUUACUUGGGUUGAAUUCAAUCAAAAUCACAUAUGUAUCACUUACCUCCAACAAAAGGACACUGCCCUCAAUCUAACAGAUGAAGUCAUCCAUUAUUUUGGUAGCAAGGAGGAACUCAGAUCCUUUUACCCAUCAAUUAUUAAGGGCUGCAUCCAUCAAGAUGGUGAACCUACAUUCUGGUGGGAUGAGGGUGAGAUUGAGGAGGAGGAGUAG